CAACAACAAAAAAGACAAAAAGACAAAAAAAAAAAAAAAAUCAUUGAAUUGUACACUUAAAAUGGGUGGAUUUUAUGAUGUGUAAAUUAUAUCUCAGUAAGCUACUAAAAGAGAAAGUAAUAAGGAAAUGAGCCAUUUCAAAUAGGUUAGUACAGGAAAGGCCAUCUUGAGAAGCUGGCAGUUGAAUAGAUGCAUGAAUAUGUGAGUGAGCAGUGAAAUGAUUAGGGAAUGGUGUGCAAGCAGAAGGUGCAGGCAGCAUGAAGUUUCUGAGGGGAAUUUAGGGUUUUAACAACAGCAAGAAGGCCAAUGUUAUUAGAGUGAACAAUGGAAAUGGUGGGAGACAAGGUUGGAGAUGUGGGCAGGUGUUGUAGUCACAGUAAGAAGUUUGGAUUUUAUUUUGAGUAUGAAAAGACAGUGAAAGUAUUUUCCACUGAUUUACUUUUAAAAGGAAAAAGCCUAAACAACUCACUGCCUCCUUUACAGAAAAUCCAUGGUAUGGGGUUAAAUUGAAAGUAGGGAGAUCAGAUAGACCAUUGUGGAACACUAGGUUAGAAGUUGUGUUGCAUCAGUGAUGAUGAUGGAGGUGGUAAGAGAUCAGAUUCUGGAAAUAUUUUCAAGAUAGAGAAGACAAGACUUGCUGAUAUAUUGGGAAUAAGAUACAAGAAAAAGAUAGGAAUGAAGAAUCGUGCUUAAGUUUUUUCCCUGAUGGAUUAGGUGAAUAAAGCUGCCAUUUACCGGGUGAGACUCUUAAGGGAGGAAGAAUUUUGGUGGAUAAUCAAGAGUUCACUUUUAUAGCUGUUAAGUCUCAAAAGUCUGGACCUCCACCUGAAUGGACAUGUGGGGUAUGCAGUUGGAUAAAUGAAUCUGGAAUCAAAGAGGGGAGAACUGGAGUUCCUGUCACGGCUCAGUGGUUAACAAACCCAACUAGUAACCAUGAGGUUUCGGGUUCGAUCCCUGGCCUUGCUCAGUGGGAUAAGGAUCUGGCUUGCCGUGGCUGUGGUGUAGGACAGCAGCUCUGAUUAUCCCUAGCUUGGGAAAAAAAAAAAAAGUAAAGAGGCGUAAAGAAAUUUUUUAAUUACCCCCAGCUGAUACUUAGGUAUGUUAUGAGGGAGGAGUCAAGAUGGUUUGUAGUAUCGACUGGGAUUUAAAUGGGGACCUUUAAUUGAUUACAGAUUAUAGUAAUUUAUGACUUGCUAAUAGUACAGUUACAACUGCACCACAUUGCAGGGACUCCUGAUAAUGAAAGGAAAUGAAUUAACACUGACAGCUUUGUCUUUGACUUGAUAGCUGUCCAUAAGAGGGCAGCAGAGAAAGAGCUCUGUAACGUGGUCCCUGCAAGGUCAUAACUGUUACAUAACUUCAAAGAUGUUAGAGGGAACAUAGCCCUUCCUUCCUAGAACCUCAGUGCUAACAUCCAGCUUAGAUUCUUCAGUCUUCAGACUUUGGGACAUUUCCAGAAAAUGUGGCCAGGCUUUGUGAUCUGGAGGUAAAGAAGCAGCAAAAAAUCGUAUGCAUUCUGGCUCCUCCCUUACCACUUGGAAUUACACAGAAGUUGCCUUGACCAGCAUCCAGAGAAGGAAACCCUGGGAGGGAAGAACUUGGGAAAUAGGAGGACGAGAGCAUCUUUGAAGAUACUUAGGCGAAAUGAAGCUGACUCUGGUGCAGUUCUUCUUCAUGAUGUUGCUGCUGCUGCUGGGUCUGGGGGUGGGCCUGGGGUUGGGACUUCAGAUGGCUGCAGCAGUCCUGGAGGAAAGUGAUCAGCUACUGAGUGAGUUUCAGUCCAGUGACUCACAGGACAAGACUCAGGCCACUAAGAAGGGAGCGGGCACCCGAACCAUGGAAACCCUGCUGCUUAGUGACAAUGUAGUGAUGCAACCAGAAGAGACCAUCCUUAGUGAAGACGAAGUUGGAGGAAACAAGAUGCUCAGAGCUCAGGCUUUCUCCCAGAGCUACCCAAACUAUCUCAGGUCUGACCUGAUGGAUAGGGAAUGCAAUACCCUGAUGGCAAAGAAGAUGAAACCGUACAAUCACACAUGCAUAUCCCAGUACAUAUUCAUCCAUGAGGAACCAGAUGAAAUCAAAGCUGUCUGUAAGAGUCCUCCUGUUGCCUGUGAGCUCAAGGGAGGCAAGUGUCACAAAAGCGCCCGUCCUUUUGAUUUGACAUUCUGCAAGUUAUCCAAACCAGGCCAAGUCACUCCUCACUGUAAUUAUGUAACUUUCCUUCUUGAAAAGCACAUUUUGAUAUCCUGUAAUGACAUGAAAGUCCAGGUAAUGUCUGGAUCAUGAAGCAACUUCUCUUCUUCACUUUCUCAUCUUUGUCUUUCUCUCCACUUGCUCUUUUUCAUGCAGUUUUCCUCCUUAGGUAUUCUGCCAAAAAAAAAAAAAAAAAUUCUCUUUUUUGGGGAAGAGAGGUUAGCCUAUUCUUUAUUACAUAUGAAAAUAUAAAUCUUCUUUGCCCUAGAGUUCACCCAACUUGCAUUUUGUUCCUGGGAUUAGAGGCUGUAGAACAGGGUGAUGAAACGGCUUUGGUCUCUCCUAUAAUCCUGGUCAUCAGUCUGUUCCCUAGUCUGGCGGCCUUUAGGUUAGGUAUGGAACACAAGAGUUUAAUGCAUCCUUUACCCGUGUCCUUCCCUGCUACCCACUGUGAACCCCUGGGGCAAUCACAUAAACCUCUGGGGGUUCCCACGCAGCACUUUUGCAGAUGCAAAUUAAAGUGAUUCAACCUGUGACUGCAUCUGGCCCCUGCAUCUGGCAUCGGGUUUCUUUUCCUGGCCCCUAGGUGUAGGGUCUGCUACUGAGGUGCUAUGGUGGUGCAGACUGAGAUAGAACAUGUCCUGGGCAGGGACAGCACUUGUUUUCUCGACCCUUCUUCCCCUUUUUCUUUUGCCUCCCAUCUUUUACUAUCUGCCGUUUUGUAUCUUCCUUUCUCUCCCUUUGUUUCUCCACCUCCCCGCUUUCUUCUGGUCUCCCUUUCCUCUUCUUUUUGGGCUCUCCCGGUUCUUUGAAUCCUUUUGGAAAUUCAUUCAGCCGAUACUGAUCUCUAAGCCACGAAAGGUAAGAAGGUGUUAGCCCUGUAGUUAGAAGGAAGUGGGUCAAGAGAGUGAUUAGGAGAGAGAGCCAUUUUCAAAAAUUAUGUCCAGUAAGUAGAAUAAUACUCAUAUUAAGUGCUCAAUAGAUGUAGACUGAACGGGUUCAGAGGGAAUUUUUUUCUUUUUUUUUCUUUUUAGGACUAUAC